AUGCCGUGCUGGAAAUCCACUUUUGGAUUUUACCCUAACAAUCACCCAGUCACCAACCCCCAACCUUCAGCCUUCCCGUCAACCCGAGCUUCGACCUCUGGUGGGAAGCACACACGGGUGCCCGAGUCCAUGCGUGUCACAUUAGUGGUUGAGGGAUUGUCUCGGACAGCACUGCUCAAAGACACGCUGAUGGAUUUUGAACCUCCGUGCACUCUGCCACUCUUUAUAGGAGUGUUGGUGUUUUGUGCCACAGCCUCGGCAGCCAAUCUUGAAAGGGAGCUGUUUAAGGAUUUGAUGAAGGGCUACAACAAGAACGUUCGGCCCAUGGAGAAGAGUGGAGACAUUACUAAAGUCUCCAUCAAGAUGACGCUCACCAACCUCAUCUCUCUGAAUGAAAAGGAGGAGGCCCUGACCACCAACGUCUGGAUAGAAAUGCAAUGGUGCGACUACAGGCUGAGAUGGGACCAGCCACCCAGGUCAGCUCUGUAUGGGAACAUCACCUCUAGUCUGCGUGUCCCCUCCAAAAGCAUCUGGUUGCCUGACAUUGUACUGGAGAACAACAUUGAUGGACAAUUUGAGGUAGCUCUUUACUGCAAUGCACUGGUGUCUCCUGAUGGCUGUGUGUACUGGCUGCCUCCUGCUAUUUACCACAGCGCCUGUGCCAUCACUGUGAACUAUUUUCCCUUCGACUGGCAGAACUGCACCAUGGUCUUCCGCUCGCAGACUUACAGCGCCAAUGAGAUCGAGCUGGUUCUCACAAAAGAAGAUGACAUCACAUUAGAGUGGGUGGAUAUCGACCCAGAGGCCUUUACAGAGAAUGGAGAGUGGGUUAUCAGACACAGACCAGCCAAGAAAGUGAUCAACACUCAGUACACCAAAGAUGACCUGGAGUAUCAGGAGCUGGUCUUCUUUCUUAUCAUUCAGAGGAAGCCUGUCUUCUACAUUAUUAACAUUAUUGCUCCCUGUGUCCUCUUCUCCUCCCUCGGGCUGCUAGUCUACUACUUACCUGCCAAAGCUGGUGGUCAGAAGUGCACCAUGUCUAUUGUGACUCUUCUGGGCCAGACUGUGUUCCUCUUCCUCAUUGCUAAGAAGGUUCCAGAGACUUCUCAAGCGGUGCCUCUUAUUGGAAAGUAUCUUAUGUUUGUGAUGUCGGUGACCACCAUGGUAGUGAUGAACAGUGUCGUAGUCCUCAACGUAUCCCUGAGAACCCCAAACACUCACAAAAUGGCAGACAAAGUUCGGAAGAUCUUCCUAAACAUCCUGCCUCGCCUACUUAGGAUGCAGAUGCAACCCUGGACACAAAACGCCAGCAAUGCAUCAGAAAUGAGAAAUGGAACUGUGUCUGCAGGCAGGAAUGGUGUCCACCUGGUUCCCUGCCGUCGCCGCAGCUCUAUCACUGUCAUCACUAAGGCGGAGGAAUACGUAAUGAAAACAGCUCGGUCUGAGCUCAUGUUUGACAAACUCAGAGGGAGAAAUGGAUUGAUGAAAUCAGUGCUGGAGAAGCUGCAUGAUGGGCUGGAGGGGGGUACAGCACACCACCUUGUUAAUAGUCUAGCAAAGGCCAGUCCAGAGCUGAAGCAGUGUGUGGCCUCCUGCAAACACAUCGCUGAGACUACAAGACAGCAGAAUGACUUCCAGAGUGAAAAUGAAGAAUGGUUCCUGGUUGCCCGUGUCAUCGACAGGGUCUGCUUUAUCGUCAUGGUGCUGGGUUUUUUUAUCGGCACUAUUGGCAUCUUCUUGAUGGGCCACUUCAACCAGCCGCCCGCUACACCUUUUCCUGGGGAUCCAAAGAAGUAUCUCCCUCCACUACACAACAUUACUGCUGUAGCAGGAAUGGAAACAAACGCCUUAGGGUGAACCAGGGAGAAAUGUUUAAUGUUAUCACUUUACCUAGAGUGAGAAUCUGACAGGCUUCAUUAGUGAUCUUUCACUAAUGACUACGAUACAAAGAAUGGAGAAGAUGCAGCUGUAUGUGUUUUGUGCACAGGUGUCUGCUGUGGGGCUGCGGACUAUCACAGAAGCAAUCCACUGCACUGUUCUGUGAAUGCAUACUGUAUCAGCUG